AUGACCGCCGAGCAACCUGACGACAUUUACCAAUUCACGAUUGAUCUAGGAAAAAGGGCUGGGUAUAAGUCGAUAGAUGGAAUAUAUUCUCCUCCAAUGAGUGGAAAUGAUGUAGUGAACGGAAUCGAUGCCAAUACAAGCAGCAAUCUGGCUUUUACAGAGAAGGACAACGCAGUUGAUGCCAGUACAGUUAUUGCCACGAAAUGCCCAAGCCACGAGUUCAUUGGCGAAGUCACAUACGCAAAGUCAUCUGCACGCGAUUAUCUGAGAUCAUUAAAACAGCCAGUCCAUCCAACAUGGUGUGUCGACCCUCUUGACGGCACCGUGAACUACAUACACCUCUUCCCCAAGUUCUGUGUCAGCAUCGCCAUUCUAGUCAAAGGCCGCUCUGUCAUCGGAUCAUGCAUUGGCCGUGGUGCCUGGUAUAAUGAGAAGAUUCCUCCUACUUUGACACAAAAACCUAGCAUUCCGCCUACGCCGACCAAUGCGCCAAGCAAAAAGAUGGACAGCUUUGCCAAUAUGGCACCUGAUCGAGGCGGAUGUUGCCGCCGGAAUUGUGUUCUGCUGGAAACUGGAGGGCUAGGAACAACAGUGAAUCCGCCAAACGACCGAGAGACAGCUCCGAUUGAGGAAGUGAGGUUAGUAGGGCCACCGGUGAUAGAAAUAGGUCGACCGUUUCAAGAACGCGCAGUACGCGAUAUAUGGAAGUGUGUCAAAACACCUCAAAUAUUCCGACCUAGUCCAUGA